AUGAGGGAUAACAAAUUGAGAAAGCUAUUCAGGGACCAUUGUAAACAAGAAAUGAGUUUGGAUAAUUACUUACUAUUGGACAAAAUUACAGAUUACAAAAUCCUGUGUGAAAAGUCCUUUGAAAUUCAAGUAUUCCUCUAUGAUGACAUGAGCCCAAAUUCUCAUUCUGAUUCUCUCUCUGAUUCAGGUAGUUCUGCAACUGCCAACUCCUCCAACCUGGACCAUCAACACAAAAAGAAGAAGAAGAAGGGCUACACUGAGAAGGAUCUCCAUGAAAUUGAAAAGAAAAAGUACGAAAUUGCCUUUGAAAUUUACACUGAUUUCCUCGAUAUCAAUGGAGACAAAUCAGUGAAUAUCAAUAAGAGUGCUGCAGAUAGAGUUAAGGAACAAUUGGAUUACUUUGCAAGUGGUGAGAAUGAACAUUUGACUGAUACUCUGUUUGAUAAUGUGGAAAGUGAAAUAUGUGUCUUGAUGUUGGAUACUCAUCAUCGAUUCAAGCAAACUGUGGAAUUUCAGAAACAAACUCAAAAGCAACAUGUUAAGAAGAAUAAGGUCAAGUUUGAAAGUAAUAAGGUGAAGAAUUCGAGAAGUGAUUUGAAUCUGGAUUCACUUAAAAUUCCGACCAAAUAA